AUGGAGCUGAUGCUCGCUUUGCCACUCCCUUUCGGGAAACUUCGCUCCGUGUCGCUCAUGAGCGAGUGCUUCAUCGUGGUUGUACAUUGUCGAUGUUUGGUAACCCCGACACCAAGCUGGUUGCUACGUAAGUUGCUUCAGCUUCUUCAUAUUUAUAUGACCAUACCUUCUGUGCCAGAGAUCAGAGACCUCUCCGACUGCGUGCCGAAUCAGGCAAAAUCCGACAUCAUCCGCCUCCAAAGGAAAAAGGUUGUGGGAUGUCAUGCAUACACAGCACCAGCAUCGGAGCUCUGCCGCGCCUCUUCCCUCUUCCUCCUGUCUGUCAUCGACGACCGCGACCUCUUCCUCCCAGCUAGAGCAUAUCCCUCUUCCAAUGUGAAGAGCUUUCUCCUUCACGAUGUUACAUGGCCAAUACCCUCGUCAAUCUGGAAUCUAAGUAAAUUGAUUAGUUUAGACCUCUCUGAAAAUCACCUCUCCGGGGACUUAACACCAAUCCUUGCUAGGUCAAAUAUUUCAAUACUUAAUCUUUCUUAUAAUAAUUUCAUUGGACGGAUCCCCAGUACUCUCAGUUAUGCAAGUCAACUUGUGUCACUUGAUUUAGCAGGCAACUCACUCAUUGGAUCUAUCCCGAUGUCUUUGUUCACACUUCCAAUAUUGAAAAGGUUGAAUCUAGCUGAGAACGAGCUCUCUGGUCAACUGCAGGAAUUCACAAAUGCAUCUUCAACAUUGCAAUAUGUUGAACUGUGGGGCAAUAAUCUCCAAGGGAAGCUCCCAAAAUCACUUGCCAAUCUCUCUGCUCUAGUGUCACUUUUUUUAGGAUUAAACAACUUUGAUGACUCUGUGGAAUUAGAGUUGUUUGGCCACCUUCAAAAUCUCUUAGGCUUGGAUCUUUCAGGCAUUAACUUGUUGAUCUCUAACCGAAUUGCAGAUUCUUUUCUUCUAUUUCCAUCUCUCGGUAUCUUGAGAUUGCAAUCUUGCAAUAUAACUGCUAUCCCAUCUUUCUUGAAGUAUAAAAGGAAUAUGUACCACCUAGACCUUUCAAACAACAGAAUUAAUGGUACUAUACCAACCUGGCUAUGGAGCAUUGAAAGUUUCUUCGAGAUUGUGGAUUUAUCUUUCAACUCAUUCACAGAUAUUGAGAGGCCUUUCUUGAAGCAUUCAAAUAAUGCUGGUUUUCUAGACCUUUCAAGCAACAGAAUUGGAGGUACCAUACCAAGUUGGAUAUGGAGCUCCAGUCUUUCCUAUCUGAAUUUGUCAUGCAACUUGUUCACAAGUGUUGAGGGGUCUUUCUCCAAUUCUACCACUGACAGUGUUAUUAUUGAUCUCCACUCUAACUUGCUUCAAGGACCAAUUCCUCUUCCUCCACCAAAUAGUACUAUCUUUGUGGACUACUCAAACAACCUCUUCACUUCUUCCAUCCCGUUUAACAUGUCAUACUACUUGAAAAAAACUAUAUUCUUCUCAUUGUCAAAUAAUAGUCUCACAGGAGAAGUCCCCUCAUAA